CGCCACUUAUUGUAUAUGUUAUUUGCGAUGUAUUUGGGCAAUAGCGCUUGACAGCAGGAUUAAACGUGCUCUUCGAGGCUCAAGUCGCGAAAUUGACCGAUGCCAACAUCCUGCAUAGGCGUUGUUUUCGGGCGUUAUCGAUUGCUGUCAAUACAAAUAUAUGCAUAGGUGUAAUCGGCUACUUUCUGGCCUGAUAUGAAGUGUCCUGACGAACGCGACAUAGAACGUCGGCCCCGGCUCGAUUUAGUGCCAGCAUAGGUAUAAGAUGCUAUAGGAACUGGAAUUGGUCUGGGGACACGACCGGCCCCUGGGGCCGCGCGCGCGUGGGACCGCUUGGCCCUACCCCUCAAGCCGCCACCCCAAACCCAACCCAUACCCUCAGCCGCCGCGCGCAACACCAGCACGGGCCCGCUGUUCACCACCUACUUGGAGCGCGAGUGGCUGGAGGCGCUUGAGCACUACAUGGAGGACUGGGUCGCGCAGUGCCCGGCCGGCGCACACGUGGUCGCCUUCCGCGGCCGCGCCUGGAGCACGGAGGACUACCGGCCCUGGGGCGCCACAGAGCCGGGGCUGCUGACCACGGACUUCGUGCUCAUCUGCAGCGACGGCACGCAGCUGCCCAUAGGCCGACCCACUGCGCCGUACACGUACGAGCACCUCACGGCCUACCCGGUGGUGAAGGAUGGGUGGAUUCCCAGCCGCUCCGGCAUUGAGAAGCUCAUUCGCCAGACCGGCGACCCAAACACGCCGCCCAAGCGCUUCACCUCGUUCGGCCUGGACUGGACGGAGCCCAAGUGUGCGGGCGGCUACACAGCCGCCCGCGCACAGGCGCACGGCGGCGAUGCUGGCAACGGCAUCGGCAAGCCGCUGCAGCUGUUCUUCCGCUGCAACGGCACGGGCGCCUACACCACCUUCACCGCCGGCAUCGGCCUCACCACGUUCAACCCCUUCCUCGGUCCCGACAAUUACAACCCAAACUGGUGGCACUUCACGCUGCAGCCCGGUGUGCCCACCACCACCAGCCGCACCAUCCCCGGCCUCACCCAGAUGCAGAGCAAGGCGCAGCUGGAGGACAUGCCCGGGUACCGCACCUGCCCGCCUGGCCAGGUUCUGUCGGGCCUGCGCGGCAACCGCCUGGCGCCGCCGCUGGUGGACUGGGUCAAGGCGACCACCGAAAUACGCGACUUCAUGUCGCCCGAGGGAUACCUCAUAAACCCGGGUUACACCGUCCUGCUCAGCGUGCUGGAUGUCUACUGCACCGACGCGCCUGCAGCAGCUGCAGCCGGGCCCAAGCCUGUCGCGCCGGCACCAGCGGGCAGCCCGGGUGGGGAGCUCGCCCGCAUUCCCAGCGUGCCGCCUUCGGCACGAACCCUGGAGCACACGGUCCUCAACACCACCAGCACGCGCCUCGCCUGCGGCAAGGCCGCGGUCAUCUCAGGCAUCGCGGCCGCCCAGGCCGGGCCCUAUGGGCUGGACAUGUCCAUCAUCGGCAUCCGCUGCUCCGACGGCACCUCGGAGUUCCAGGGCACGCUGGCUGCGGACCGCGCCUCCGCCUCCACCUCCGCCGCCUCUACCUCCGAGCCGUCCUCGCUGUUCGUGGACAACCCCUGCAUCACGGGCUUUGACGCCGUGAGGCCCAUCGGUGGCCAGGGCAUUGGACUGGACAAGUACGAGGGAGGCCAGCCGGUGCUGGGUGUGGGCGUGGGCGCGGUGGCGGUGCGCUGCUCCCGCUCGAUCAGCACGGACGCCGGCGGCAACCGGCGCGGCAGCCCCUGGACGCGCAUGGGGCCGCAGGUGCUGACCAACACCACGUACGGCCAGCCCGGCCUCGUGUACAGCCUGACGGAGGCCAGCGUGAACACGCCGGAUGCGGCGUGCCCAGGGGGCCAGGUCAUCACCGCCAUCAACGUGACGGUCGCCACCGUGCGUGUCACCUUCCUGCGGCCCGAGCUGAACCUCACCCUGGAUGACUACCAGUACAAGAACGAGAGCCGGGUGGUGACGGUGGUGACGGACCUGGCCUUCUUCUGCGGGCCCGUGCCCACGCCUGACCCGGACCGAUCCCUGUACGACAUCACAGUGAGGUACGGCAUCUCGCUUAACGACCUGCUCGCCGCGAACCCCAAGGCCAAGCUCGACGUGUCGCUACCCAUCGCCGCCUACAACGGCACUACCCUGGUCAUCCCGCAGCUGUGCGGCGCGCCCGCGGUCAAGCCGCCUGUCAGCACGAUCGCGGCCGGCUGCCCACGCUGGUGGCCGUUCCCAAACACCACCGUCACGGGCGCCGAGACGUGCGGCUCCGUGUCGAUGUCCAUGAAAAUCCCGCUGCCCACCCUCAACAGCAUGAACGACGGCAAAUGCCCCAACGCGGCCACGGUCAUCAACAGGGGAACACGGCUCUGCGUUGCGCCGCCGGCGUCCACUGCCUCAGCCAGCAACUUCUUCGGCACAGCCUCUGUGGGCCGCCGCCGCCGCCAGCUAUCGCAGGAGGGCGAGGGCGACGGCACUGCCGACGGCACCGGUGGCGCCACAAAUGUGCCUGCUGAGGGGGAUGGCCUUGCAGUGGAGGGGCCUGAGCAGCAGAGCCCUGCGGUCGACGUGGUCCCAGUCGAGGCGCCCGUGCCCUCGCCUGCUGCAGAGACGCCUGCUGCACAGGGGCCGGAAGUGGAGGGACCGUCACCGGUUGAACGUGGCGGGGAUCCGGCGGCGACUGUGUCGCCUCAACCUUCGGAGGGCCAGGCGCACGCACCGACAUCAGCGGGAGACCAAGCGCCGGCAGCAGACCACUCGCCGGCGGUCGAGCCGGCGCCGUCGGGGGACGACACGCCGUCAUCAGGAAGCGAGCCGGCGGCCUCUGGUGGCGGUGCUUCGGUACAGCAGGGGGAUACGCAGGAUGAGGAGGGCAGUGUUGGGGCUGACGCGCCGCCGCCGCCGGCACCGGAGGGCGCCGCGCCGCACGCACACACGCCGGCGGCCUACGGGCCGGCCGGGUCGGCUCCCACGACGCUGGGCGCAGCGGCAGGCGACGUGACGGAGAACGCGCCGCCGCCGGACGCCUACCCUGCUGGGGAUGGCAUCAGCGGCAGCUCUGGCGGCGGCGGUGGUGGGCUCGGUGGCGGGGCCUCGCCUGCGACCGCCGAUGAGGUGGACACGCGGUGCCUGCAGAACUACACGGUCGCGCUUGGCGACACCUGCGAGCUGAUUGGCGCCGUGUUUGACCUGAGCUUCAAACAAAUCAUGGCCCUCAACAAAGGCUUCCGGUGCUCCAACCUGGCAGUGGGCAUGGAACUGUGUGUGGAGCGCAAGUCCCUCCAAGGCGCCCUGUCGCCGCCGCCUCCUGCCCCUCCCCACCUCUCACCGCCGGUGGCUCCCCCGCACCCGCCUUUACCUCCCGCCCCGCCGCCUCGCCCGCCCUCUCCUCCCGCUCCACCGCCAAAGCCGCCAGCCCCGCAGUCGCCGCGGCCGCCCAGCCCGCGUCCGUCCCCACCACCGCCACUCCCACCUCGCCCGCCUCGGCCGCCGCCCCCAGCCCCUAGGACGCCGCUACGCAAGCCCUCCCCCCCUCCGCGCCCCUCGCCGCCGCCCCCUAGCCCGCCUCGCUUACCACCAUCGCCGCGGCCUCCACCUCCAAACCCGACGCCCCUGCCUCCCCGCCCGCCUGCCUUCGACGACGCGUCCGACUGCCACUCCGUCGCCGACCGCAACGGCGGCCGCAGCCCCUGCGGCCCCGAGCCCGUCAACCACUGCAUCGACACGCCGCCCUCCGGCUACACCUGCAGCUGCGGCGAGCGCUUCUGGCCAUCCGUGGACGGCCGCGCCUGCGUGGAGCGGACCAACGUGGCGUUCCUGGCGCCCACCUACUCCAGCUCGCAGCUCCGGGGCGCGACCGACACAGACGUGGAUGCUCGCUUCAGCCCGAGGUGGGUGGCGGACGGCGCCACCGUCAGUGUGUCAAAGUACGUGGCCAGCGGCUACUUCUCCAGCAGCCGCGGCGACGCCCAGCCCUGGGUGUCCAUCGGCCUCCGGGGCACCUACCUGGUCACCCAGGUGCGGGUGGUCAUCCGGCCCGGCCCGGGCGUCCGGCGGCUGCGCAACGCCGAGGUGCGUGUGGGCGCCACGCCCAUCACCUCCCCUCAGGACACGCCGCUGCUGCCCCGGAACGCGCUGUGCGGCCCGCCGCUGCUGCCUUCCAGCCAGUACGACGGCAAAGCUGCAGAUAUGCCCGAGCGGCACUGGCUGGACUGCACGCGCAGCGGCUCGCGGCCGCCGCUGGCGGGCAGCUGGGUGACGGUGCAGAACCUGCACCCGGAUGGGGAGAUGCUGCAGCUCAUGGAGGUGGAGGUGUAUGCGGACCCGGCUUGGCGCGCGCUGCCGCCCUCGCCGCCCGCCAGCCCGCCGCCGCUCGCCGCACCCGACGUGCUGCCCACGCAGGAGCUGCCCCGGCCGCGCAAGUCACCAGGCCACCCGCCGCCGCCGGGCGUUUCGCCUCCCCCGCCCUGGCCGCCCGGUGAGCGGCUCGUCUUCGAGCCGCUGCCGCUGUACCGCGUCACGGAGCGCGGCAAGCGCCUGCCCCUUGUGUACGUGUACUCCUCCGCCGCCUCGGACCGCGUGGCGGACUGCGCGGUGGAUGGGCGGCGCGUGGCGCCGCUGAAACCCAAGGGCAAACUGGGCGGCGGGUGCCUGUUCGACACGAUUACGAACGGCUCCAACCCCGCCUUCCUCACGAUUGAGCUGGGCUACGACACGCCGCGGAACGUCAGCCACGUGCGGUUGUUUAACCGGGUGGGCGGCAACCCACGUGUCGCGCUGGAGUCCGGGCUGGAGGGCGCGGAGGUGUGGGUGCUGCGCACCGGCGCGGUGACGGGCGCGCAGGUGAAUCAGUUGCUGGAUGACCCGGACGCCUACGGCGCGGUGCGGUGCGGCAAGACCGUGAGGGCGGCGGAUGCGGGCGAGGCGGUGACGGUGUCGUGUGUGGGCGAGCCCGGGGUGGGCGCCACCGGCCUGCCGGGCUCGUACGUGCUGGUGGUGAAGCGGCCCGCGGUGGGGAGCUCGGGCGCCAAGGCGGUGACAACGCAGCUCGCGUUCGCCGAGGUGGAGGUGAUUGAGGGGUGUGUGACGGAGUGCCCGCCAAAGUAGGAGUGUGGCAUGGAAGGCACACGUAGGGGCAUGAUGUUACUAAUGAUGCUGACGUAUGAUAUUUGCACGACAACACGAGGCACAUUAUGAUUCGAUUGUCUUGUACCCACGCCUUAUACCGUACGGUUAUCUUUUUCAACAACACACUCGGAGCGAUGUGCUUGCGAUUUCUAUUCCUAACGACAUACACACGCAUACACUGGCUGCGCACCGGAAAGUGCAGCAGGCGGAGUUUUUGAUGUUUGACAUCAUUCAUAUGCACGACAGGUGGCACACUGCACCCCCUGAUGCACAUCACGCCGAGAGGGGUCCUGUGCAUAAUGCAGGCUGCAGCGCAUUAAAGCAGGGCAGGUUGUGUGGACUGUUGAGGGAGAGCUGCAACGAUUUUGGACAUCAUUGGAUCCCGGGGAAGGCCUCCCCGGAUCUGGAUCUGGUAUCUCCCAGCGUGCCGCAAUGGCCCUUCGUCUCUCGCUUUACUCGCAUCGCGUGAAUAUCUUGCACUGCAGUGGCUUCUGGGUUAUUCCUGCGUGGGCUUGUUGCAAUACUUCAUUCCCUCAAUUCGAUUCUUACGUCAUCUGAGGAUGUUUUUGACGUGCCGCAUGGGGGUUACCUGGAUGACCGAGGAAAGCAUUGAAGGCGGGGAUUAGACAGGCGCGGAUGCGUGACCUAAGAAAUUAAAUGCGUGCCGUAGCGUGUGGUGCUGUGUGCGUGUGAGCAACAGGAACUCCUUGACGGCACAGUCCUGGCCAGGGGGGCGCCCUUCCCUGGUCCGGACCAGCAUGCACGACUGCUGAAACGCACGUCGAUUCAUGGUGGGUGGGUGGUUUGAUUCAGUACCGCGUUAGGGCGAUCGAAGGCAGGCAGCAUUACUCGGGCGAGGAGCGUGGGUGGUGGUGGGUGGAGGGAGUAAGAGUGGUGCCUUCCUUGGUGACGUCAUACAGGUGGCUGCUGACAGGUAGGGUUGUGUCCCUGACCGGCGGGGGUCACUGCAAAGUCACUGGGCCGCCGCGUGUAACAAAAGAAGGCA